AUGUCCGCAGUCGCCGCGAAUGCCGCCGCCACCUCGAUCGCCACAUCGAAGGAGGUCAACGAAAUCAAGGCCAAUAUGAACAAACUCCGCGAUCAGCUGGUCAACAAGGUAACCCCCGUCUUAGUCGAUCCGACCACCGAGAAGCGGGCUAAUCCGGCAGUACGAAACCCGGCCGCCCGCAGCAGCACCGCCGCCCGCGGAGGCAUCUCGAAGGCCAACGCUUUUCUCCAGCAGGUCGCCAAACCCGCCAAGAAGCGCGCUCCCAGACCCGCUAAGUCCACCGGCAAGACUGGCGCAUCCAACGGGGACGAGAUUAGCUGGGACUAG